AUGGCAUUCGCUUACGAAACACAAAUGAUAAUGGCAUUCUCCUAGUGACAAAUUUCCAGUUUCUUUUCAUGAGUAAAGAAACAAAAAGCAAGUUGGGAACCAUCCCUCUUACUACAGUGGAACAAAUAAAGGAACAAGAUGCAAGGUCUUUUGAAAUAAUUGGUCACGAUAUGAGGUUGCUGGUGUUUGAUUUGAAAUCUGAACAAAAGCAAGAGCUGAGUAAGAUAGUGGAAUAUUUGACAAGAUGCGCCAAACCUUCACGUUUGGUUGAUCUUUUUGCAUUUGCACUUAAUUCCACUCCAUCCGCCCUUGCUAAUCGAACAAGUCCCAAUAUGCGGCUGUUGAAAGAAUAUCAACGCCUUUUUUGUAAAUGGUUUCCUCCGGGCACCGGUUUUGAAAUUCAAAAGAGUUUAGAGGAUAAAUGGUGGAGGGUAACUGAAGCCAAUUCUGAUUAUUCCUUGUGUUCAACCUAUCCAUCUCACCUGAUAGUCCCACGCACCAUAAGUGAUGAAGAGCUACAAGUAAUGUCUACCAGCCGAGCUCUUGGUCGCUUGCCUGUUAUUUCCUGGUGUGAUUUUGGAUCUGGAGCCGUCCUGGCAAGGUCUUCUCAGCCCAUGGGAAUCAAGAAUCUUAAGAACUAUGAGGAUGAAAAACUUGUAUCUGCCCUUCGCACUCCAGGAAUUCACCGCACGGACUCUUUAAGGAAACUAUACAUAGUUGAUGCUCGGCCAGGGGUCAGCGAUGCUCGGCCAAGGAUAUGCUCAGAGUCAGCAUGUUCCUAUCCAGAAUCUGAGGUUGUCUACCUAGGAAUUGAAGACAUAUAUGAAAUGAGAGUUAGUUUUUCCUCUCUCCGUAAGUAUGUUGAUACUCAUGGAUCAAUUUCAUCAAAUGGACUCCCUUUAGCUGGACCUGUCACUGGAGACCUGGUAAAUCACGGAUCAGCCUGGGGUCGCGGAACUAUAAAUAGCAUGACAAAAUUUUCUAUUCGGGAGGAAUGGCUAAAUCAUAUUCAAAUUAUCCUGAUUGGUGGUUCAUGGAUUGCUGAAAAAAUUGCCCAUGAAUCAGCUUCAGUUCUAGUGCAUUGCAGCGAUGGCUGGGACAGAACAACACAGUUAGUUGGACUUGCUUCCCUCCUGCUUGAUCCAUUUUAUCGAACGUUCACUGGAUUUCAGGCUCUUGUGGAAAAAGAUUGGCUAGCUUUUGGCCAUCAAUUUGCGGAGAGGAUGGGUCUUCCAACAUUAGCUAAAGGAGGCCAGCCUGAAAAUCCUUCGGUUAAAUCUCAGGCAUCAGAUAAUAAAACUUCACCAGUACUGUUGCAGUGGCUAGAAUGCAUUGCUCAGUUGAUGCGCAUGUACCCAUCUGCAUUUGAGUUCUCCAGUGCAUUUCUGGUUGACUUUAUUGACGCUGUGUUAUCGUGCCGUUUUGGGAACUUCCUAUGCAAUAGUGAAUGGGAAAGGAAACAAGCUGAAGUCGAGAGCUCUUGUCCUUGCAUUUGGAAGUACUUAGCUGACCUUCGGGCUUCCGGCGGCAUCUUUCAUGAGCACAGAAAUCCCUUCUAUAAACCAAGCAAACAUAAUGGGCCCAUUGUCCCGCCAUCUCCGGCGCUUGCUCCCACCCUUUGGCCUGAAUUCUAUUUGAGAUGGGCUUGCCCACUUGAAUCGCAAGGCGGUGGCCGAGAAUGCCAAUAUAUUGAAGCAGUGAAGACAAUAAAGGAUGCCGAAUCUAGAAUCAUUGAGCUCAAAAGAAUGAUAGCAGAAGAACAUUAGCCAUACGGUUAAUUCAGAGGCAGCGAAGCCAAGUGGAGGAAGAAAAUAGUUUGGACCGCGGGCUCCAGUUUCAUAACUAGGUGUAGUAGGUAGCUGUGCAUGAAAUGGGAAAGCCGAACCUGUUUCGAUUGACCGAUGAAAAUUGUGUAAUUUUGGUUAGCUGAUGUCGGCAUUAGGAGGAUAUCCCAACACAGUUGUUUUGCAGGCUGAGUUUAUUGUCAUUGCUUUCCCCAAAAAUACUGUAUCAACAUUAGU